AUGCUAACCGCUGUCUGCGGCUCUUUGGGCAGCCAGCACACGGACGCGCCCCACGCCUCCCCGCCGCGCCUAGACCUUCAACCUCUCCAAACAUACCAGGGCCACACGAGCCCGGAGGCCGGGGACUACCCCUCCCCGCUGCAGCCUGGAGAGCUGCAGAGCCUCCCAUUGGGCCCAGAGGUGGACUUUUCACAGGGCUAUGAGCUGCCGGGGGCCUCCUCGCGGGUAACCUGCGAGGACUUGGAAAGCGACAGUCCCUUGGCACCGGGACCCUUUUCCAAGCUCCUGCAGCCGGACAUGUCACAUCAUUAUGAAUCGUGGUUCCGGCCGACUCACCCAGGCACUGAAGAUGGCUCGUGGUGGGACCUUCAUCCGGGCACCAGCUGGAUGGACCUUCCCCACACUCAGGGCGCGCUGACCUCUCCUGGUCACCCGGGAGCGCUUCAGGCUAGCUUGGGGGGUUAUGUCGGAGACCACCAACUUUGUGCCCCGCAGCCCCACCCGCAUGCGCACCACCUCCUCCCAGCCGCCGGAGGGCAGCACCUCCUGGGGCCGCCCGACGGGGUUAAGGCCUUGGAAGCAGCGGCCCCGGAGUCGCAAGGGCUGGAUUCCAGUCUGGACGCGGCAGCCCGGCCCAAAGGCUCCCGGAGGUCUGUGCCCCGCAGCUCAGGCCAGACCGUGUGUCGCUGUCCCAACUGUCUGGAGGCGGAGCGACUGGGGGCUCCAUGCGGGCCCGAUGGGGGCAAAAAGAAGCAUUUGCACAAUUGCCACAUCCCGGGCUGCGGGAAGGCCUACGCCAAGACGUCGCACCUGAAGGCGCACCUGCGCUGGCACAGUGGCGACCGUCCCUUCGUGUGCAACUGGCUCUUCUGCGGUAAGCGCUUCACGCGCUCCGACGAGCUGCAGCGCCACCUCCAGACCCACACCGGCACCAAGAAGUUCCCCUGUGCGGUCUGCAGCCGAGUCUUCAUGCGCAGCGACCACCUGGCCAAGCACAUGAAAACCCACGAGGGCGCCAAGGAGGAGGCAGCCGGGGCGGCCCCGAGCGAGGGCAAGGCCGGCGGUGCGGCGGAACCCCCUGGGGGCAAAGGCAAACGCGAGGCGGAGGGCAGCACGCCUUCCUCCAACUGAGCUCCUCGCGUACCGCCUCCCUACCGGUCUCUUGGAGGCAUCGAAGACAGGCCCCAGGUCUCAGGUCCUUGGGGGAGUCUUGAGUAAGAAGGGAAGGUGGUUAUUUAUUGAGGCGGAGGAAAAGUGGUGCGGGGACAAGGGGACCGGGCGCUAGGGGGGGUUUAGUCUCGAGGGCUGGUCGGUAUGCGUUUGACUGUUUGGGUCGGGAAGAACUGCGCAUGCCCUUCGGUUCUCCCCUUCCUCUUUAUUUCACCGGUCCCUGGGCCAGGGUUGCGGUGGGACACUCCUACCCCGGCUGAGAGUUGAGGGGACAGGCUGGAGGAGACUGCGCUUCCCCGGAGCCGCGAGGAGUGGGGCCGGCCCUGGGCGCUGGGAGUAGCUGUCUGGGCACGUCCUUAGUGCCUGGGAACCGGGACAUAAAAGCGCCUCCGGAGCCGCCCUGCGGACGGGUCCCUUUCAUCCCCUUAUAGUGCUUCUGCCCCUAGGGUUUCCGGAGGGAGAGCCGAGAUGGGGUGGGGGAAGCUGGGGGUCCGACCCCCCCCUUGGGGGGUGUCCGUCAGGUUUGGAAGGUUGUUGCUGUAAAAAUAACUCUUUUGAUACGCCUCCUUGUUAACCCUUCCAGACCCAGUCUGAUGGAGCCAUGAAGGAAGGGGGAAGAGGGCUGGAGUCCUCGAGCGAGCGCGCUUCCCAGCCAGAGCUGUGGGGUGGAGGCAAUGUUGGAUGAGGCAGGAAGAGAUUCACUGGAGGAGUAGAAGGAACUGACCUCUUCCCUUCCCAACUUUGAUUCAGUCCGUAACACUUGGUCUUUAUAAAGAGUAAAGCUUAGUAGUUCCACAUCCCCGUCUACUCCCUGAGGUAGUUUCUUCAGGCAGCAGCAGCCUCAGCUCUAGAGCUGGUGCUUUGCCUUCUCCCUGGGGAUGGAAAGAAGAGGGCACAGGUUGGUUGGGAUAGAUUAGGGGGUCCAGCAGAGGGCCACAGCACUCACUCAGAGAGGAGGACUCUGCUCCUGCUUGGCCAUCUGCUCACCAAGAAGCUAAGCCUGACUCCUUCCUUAGGGGAGGGUCCUUUCCCCUUGCAUCUGCAAACCUGACCCCUGCUGUAGGGGAGCAUGGGAAGACCCCUUUGUCUCCAGCUCAUCUGCAGAGUAAAGGCCCCUUCUGUCUGAAGGAGUUGUUCUCUCACUGAGAGAGGUUCGGCCUGCUGAGGUCAUACCCAGGAAGCUAGCCCCAUUCCCUUGUCCUUUAGAUGUUAGAAAUACAUGUUGAUUAUGAACAUGGCCGGGGGCGGGGGGAAGAGAAGCCCAGCAGAGGCUGAGCCAGGCAGAGGGGGAAAAAAAGCUGACAUGGGGAAGGGUCUGGCAGGCCACAGGACUUUGGAGCUGGGGGCGUUCCUAGGCUCAAGUGGAGGCCUUAAGAUUCCCUCAGACCUCCCUUUCCCCUGCUUGCCCUUCCUCUACCCAGAGCCCUCUGUGGGGAUUAGCUUUGUACUGAUUUUUAAGUUAUAAGCAAAGACAAUUUUAUUUAAUAUUAGGGUGUGUAUGUGUAUGUCGUGUGUAUGUGUGUGUGUAUUUCUCUACUGAGCCUAGGGUCUCCAGCCAGGGAGACCCCAUUUUGUUCACCCCGUCCAAGGUCUUGGGGCUUAGGCCUGUAGCGUCCUGUCUGCUCUAGGGGAUGCUGGAGCCCAGUUCAAGGACUGGGAGCUAUACAGGAAGUGGGGGCUAAGAGCUAGGUGGGAAUGUGUGUGUGUAGAAAGAAACCCUCCUUUAAAGGGAUGGAGUGAUGUUCCCUGAGGGACUCAUGGGCCUGGGGUAGUUUAAGAAGUAACGUUCUUUCUUUCUUCCCCCUCUUUCCCCACCUCCUGUUACCCAACCAGAAGUGUCCUU